GCAAAAAGCGUCUUCCCUAAGCUCUCACCUGCGGCAGUCGUACGCCCCCACCCACUCUCCGCACCCACUCUGACGCUUCCAUUGAUUUCACAUUUCGCCCUCGCCGCAGCGCACAGAGACGAUGGGUUGUGCGCAGUCGAGGAUAGAUAACGAGGAAGCGGUGUCGCGAUGCAAAGAUCGGCGUCAGUUCAUGAAAGACGCCGUCGCGGCUCGCAACGCGUUCGCCGCCGCUCACUCAGCCUACGUCGUCGCCCUAAAGAACACAGGGGCUGCUCUCUCCGACUUCGGCCAAGGGGAAUGUCCGGACAUUGCCGUCUCUGGGACAGCCGGCACUCACAUUGGUCCCUCUUCUACCUCGGGGGUCCCCUCUACCUCUUCCGCCUCCGGCGUCCCGCCGUCGAUGGAGAACCUCCCUCCUCCUCCUCCACCGCUUCCUGAAUUCUCCCCGUCACCUCUACAUCGCUCCGUUAGCAUGCCGGACCUCCCCAAGAAAUACGCCGGAAAAUCCCCUAUGGAUGACGCCAUUCGCGAGGAGGACGACCAUGAAGUAGAUGAUGAAUUCCAUGAUCAUGAUGGCAAAGGGGGCGGUGGAGUGGCGCCGGAAGGCUCAGCCCCCGUCCCCUCAUCCCCUGUACCUUCGCCACCGCCUCCGCUGCAUUCUAGGGCGAAACCCUCUCCUUCACCUCCUCCGCCUCCAAUGCCGGAUUCUGGCGAAAUGGGAAGAUGGGAUUACUUCUUCGCCAUGGACGAGAAUAUGUCGAUGCCGGGGCCAUCUCUGAGUCAGGCCGUGGAGAUUCGGCCGGAGACUGAGGCGGCCUCAGUCGGUGGCGAUCUUGGUGAAGAGCUUCCUGCAACGCCAGAAAAGGUUGUUGUUGAGCCAGUGGUGCCAGUGAAGUCCUUGAAGAAAAAGCAAGGUGGAGUGGUGCAUCAUCAGCACGCAGCUUCGACCAGUGCUCUGGAGACGAAGAAGGGGAAGAUUGUGGCGGCGCCUUCUAAUGUUAGUUUGCUCCAGGUGCUGAUGGACUUGGAUGAACAUUUUCUUAGGGCAUCUGAAAGCGCACACGAGGUGUCGAAGAUGCUCGAGGCUACUAGAAUGCAUUACCACUCUAAUUUCGCGGACAAUAGAGGGCAUAUUGACCAUUCGGCAAGAGUGAUGCGAGUCAUCACAUGGAAUAGAUCAUUUAAAGGCAUGCCUUAUGCAAAUGAUGGGAGAGAUGACUUUGAUAAUGAGGAGUGGGAAACUCAUGCCACUGUAUUGGAUAAGAUGCUAGCAUGGGAAAAGAAACUCUAUGAUGAAGUCAAGGCAGGAGAGCUCAUGAAAAUUGAGUACCAGAGGAAGGUUUCUUUGUUGAAUAAGCAAAAGAAGCGUGGUGUCAAUCCUGAAACAAUUGAGAAGACCAAGGCAGCUGUCAGCCAUUUGCACACCAGAUACAUCGUCGACAUGCAGUCAAUGGAUUCCACGGUUUCAGAAAUUCAACAUUUACGUGACAACCAGCUUUACCCAAGACUAGUUGACCUUGUUGAUGGAAUGGGAAAAAUGUGGGAGGCCAUGUUCUUCCAUCAUGAUAGCCAGCUUAAAGUUGUCAUCGACCUCAGAGUUCUCGAUAUCUCAAACGCACCCAUGGAGACCAGCGAGCAUCAUUACGGACGUACCCUGCAGCUAUACGACGUUGCCAAGGAGUGGCAUUCCCAGUUUCAGAAGCUGGUGAGCCACCAGAAAGAGUACAUCCAGGCCCUCAAUAGCUGGCUGAAGUUGAAUCUCAUACCAAUAGAAAGCAGCCUUAAGGAGAAAGUCUCAUCCCCACCAAGGAUCCAUCAUCCCCCAAUCCAGACCCUUCUUUAUGCAUGGAAUGACCUCCUAGAAAAACUCCCAGAUGAUCUAGCCAAGAGCGCCAUUUUAAGCUUUUCCGCUGUCAUAAACACCGUUAUAGUUCUGCAACAGGAGGAACUUAAAUUGAAAGAGAAAUGUGAGGAAACACGGAGAGAGUACACGAGAAAGCUUCGAGCUUUCGAAGAUUGGCACCACAAGUAUAGUCAGAGAAGAGCAGCAGCUCCAACUGAGGGGGAGACGGAUAACAUGGAGAUGGCGAAUAUGAAGGACCCUGUGACGGAGAGGAAGUUUUUGGUGGAUUCGUUGAAAACCAAGUUGGAAGAUGAUGUUCAGGCACAUCAGAAGGCAUGCAAACAAGUUAGAGAGAAAACUCUUGGAAGCUUGAAGACUCAUUUGCCUGAGCUUUUUAGGUCCAUGUCUGAUUUCUCCUUGAGCUCAUCUGAAAUGUACAAGAAAUUGAAAGCAAUUUCGCAGGUGCAGAAUCUGGAGAGUGCACGCUAGCUAGCUUAAUGGGGGAUGUGUGCCUCUUGUAUUUAGUUGUGAAAUCUUUUAUAUUGUUAAGUUAUAUUACUCUUUUUGUUGUUCGAUAUAGAUAGUACGUAGAACAAGAAUUUAUUUAUCCUUGCUUUGUUGUAUCCUAUUUGUAUGUGUAAAAUGUCGCUGUUUCUGGCUUUAUUAUUAUUAUUAU